CGCGUAGAUAAGACAGCUGCUAGGCUCGGGGUAAUUGGUCCCCACUACUUGAUCUAAGGCACACGACGGACUACAGGUUAAGACUUUGCCAAGCCAUAAUAGGUCCCAAACUGGAAGGACAAAUCAUACUCCUAGCAGAUCAGUCUUGGUUUACCCUAAAGCACGCCAGGACAAGGUCGGCCUUCUAGCAUCUACACAACCAUUGGAGUGUCAAUGACUGACGACGACGUUCACUAUAAGUAUCCAGCAAUCUGCCCUCUGUAAUCAUCAUCAGCCAGCUCAUCCAGUCGCUUGUCUCUUCAAAUCAUUCCAUCGCUUCUCUCCAACAGUCGCUGCCUUUGCAAAGCCCAUCAUUCACCAUGCGUUUCCAGUCUAUGAUCGCUGCUGCGCUUCCUGCGCUCGUCCUUGCCGCUCCUACUCCCCAGUGGGAGGAAGCUCCUGAGGAGUCCAUUGUUGGUGGAACCACCGCUGCUGCCGGCGAGUACCCCUUCAUCGUCUCUAUCCAGCUCAAUGGUCGCCACAACUGCGGUGGUACCCUCAUCAACGGCAACACCGUUGUCACUGCUGCCCACUGCUCCGUCAGCAGCGCCAUUGGCGGCUCCAUCAACAACGUCGCCGUUCGUGUUGGCUCUUUGAGCUCCAACUCUGGUGGCCAAGUCAUCCGCGUCUCCAGGAUCGUCAUCCACCCCAGCUACGCCGCUGGCACCUCCGACAACGACAUUGCCAUCUGGAAGCUCUCCAGCUCCGUCACCGCCGGUGGCAACAUUGGCUUUGCUUCCCUCGCCGCUUCUGGCUCUGACCCCGCCAGUGGAUCCACCGUCUCCGUUGCUGGAUGGGGAGCUACCAGUCAGAAUGGCAGCGGCUCGGUCGCUCUCCUCAAGGUCAGCGUCCCCAUUGUUGCCCGCAGCACCUGCGUGGCCAACUACAACGCCGUCAGACUCACCGUCACCAACAACAUGGUUUGCGCCGGUCUCGCUGCUGGUGGCCGCGACUCUUGCCAGGGUGACUCUGGCGGCCCUCUCGUCGAUGCCAACAAGACCCUCGUCGGUGUCGUCUCCUGGGGAAGCGGCUGCGCUCGCCCCAACCUCCCCGGUGUCUACUCCCGCGUCGGCACCCUCCGCAGCUUCAUCGACCAGAACGCUUAAGCGCAUACAUCUUGCGGCAUUGGGCAGGGGAAUACAUGAAAGCGAGUUGGAUAUGAUUUGGAAAUGGUCGACUUUGGAUAUGAAAAGAGCAACGGCUUUUUAUGAGUAUGGUAUGGGGGAGGCCCUGAAGGGGGGAGGGAAACGGAGAUGAUGGAUUUUGCUUUUCUUACUUUACCUCUUCUCCCUCCUUAAUUUCGGUGACGGCAUCUUGUAAAUAGGUCUAGCCUCCCACGAUUAUUUUUUGUCUGUAUCUUAUUUUUUUCCUUUAUGUAGCUAGGAAAUCGC